AUGCGCGAAGAAGAGGAGCGGUUGAGCCCGAGAUUACAGAAUCAGCGGGGAGCACUGCAGCGUGCUACUGAUAAAACUUCGGGUAUUGGGAGGAGCACAAGUGGUUUGGCGAAGGCCGAUAUCAUACCAAGAGAUGUCUUGACCGGCCAGAACACAGGCGGAAUGGAGGGCGCUGAACGCACAAAUGAAGGAGAAUCCAGCUCUUACGGGAGGCAACUUACUGGCUUGGGAAAAACAGAACAAGAUGGUAUGGAUUCUAUCAUGGGUCGUUGGAAUGGAUCCUACCCAACACCUUUGGGGCCAGAGAUCUUUUUCUGGACGGACAGAGGAUGGGGCUGCUUGCUUCGGAAGCCGGCUAUGGUGUCGCAAACGCUUUUGGAAGGAUCGAAAAGUAUUCACGGACUUGUCAGUCUAGUGUGUAAAUGUGAUAUGAUCGAUUAUAUCACCGUGGUAGGAGAGGCUCUGGAGAAGAUGAAGAAGGAAUACGCUGUGGAAGACAACUGA